AUUCUUUUGUCUGUCCCAGGGGAGCUAAUAGGUAUUGAUUACCUCUUCCGUCAGACUGGAAGGCCCCUGCAGGAUAUACAGCCUGACUCAGAGGAGGCCGAGCAGAUGCUGGAGGAUGUCUGCACUGAGGAACAGGGAGAUGAGGGCUUUGAGGAUGCUGUGUAUGACCCAACCGUUGAGCGGCUGGACCUGUCCUCAGAUCCGUCACCUACCAGCUCUUCAACUCCCUCUUCUCUCCACUCUACUGCUUCUCCUCCAAGGCCUGGAUGUAGCUCCACUGCAGCAGCAUCUGAGCAUCAUGUGAUUGAGUAUGAGGACACAGACAUGCCCCCUGUCCCAUCCGCCCCUCCUGCUGGUUCUCUUCUUUUAAGUUCCACCAGCCUUUCUGCGACUACUUCUCCUGCUGCAAGAAAUACUUCUGUAGCGCGACGGGCUUUGGAUUUUCUGCCCAGGGAGUUGCCUGGCCCAUCAGCCGUCACCGCCAGCUCAGCCUCCAUGCUUCCUCUUCCCACCACCCUCUCGCCCUCUGUCCCUACAGCCACAGUUUCCUCUGCAUCACAGCACACCACCCCAGCAGCACCUGCGCAACAUCUGGCAGUGGAUGAGCGUUGUAUUCCUGGAAUGGACCUCGUGGAUUGCCUGGCUGACUACUUGGUGGGGCUAAGACUUGAAACUGGCCUAACCCUCACCAACCUGCAGGCCAGUACAAUUAUAGCCCUGUGGCAGAACCUCCUGCCAUAUGAUCGCCAGCGGGUGGAGUAUGCUGCACGGCACAAGACUCGCCUGAUAACAGGACGCUUCAGGUGCUCCAAACAGAGGGCUGAAUUCACACCAGGUGUGGAGAGCACGACACGCUGUGUCUUAGGGUCAACAGGAUCCCCUGCACAGUGGCCAGACUGUUGUCGCCUGGUAGAGUCCAUCUUUAUCAAACUGUGCCGCCUCUAUAAGAGCCCUAAAAAACAGGGCUCUCAGGUUCUGACAAGAUGGACUCUCAUCAUGAACGAUUAUAUAAAAAUCAGGGAGCUGGUCCUAGGUAAUGGUGUGGUGAUGCAGGCUACUACACUGCAAUUGUUUGAGGUCAAUCAAACAACCCUCAUUCAGUGGCACAACAAGCGCCUGAAGAGGCAGGAUUGUAGUAUUCUGCUGCAAGGGGUUAAUUUGCCUCCCGCUAUCCCCAUUGCUCCGGUGCCUCUGCCACCUAUGCAGUCACGCCCCACUGCUGCACCCCCACAUCCUGGCCCCUACCAUCAAUACCACUUGCCAGAGAGUACAGUAGGAAAGGCAGUGGACAAGAGAAAAUCUGUUCGUCCAGCCCCACCAGUCUACUUGCCUCCAGCUAUUCAUGUUGCUCCUGUGCCUCUCCCACCAGUGCAGUCACGCCCCACUGCUGCACCCCCACAGCUUGGCCCCCAGCAUCGAUUCCACUUGCCACACACUUCUGCAAGAAAGGCAGCGGACAAGAGAACGUCUGCUCUUCCAGCCGAACACCCUCAUCCGCCAAAGGCUGUCUGCCCAGGAUUGCCUUCUCUUGUCACACAGCAGACACAUCCGCAUAGCUCUGCCCCUAUGCCUGUUGUACCCCCACCCAUCCCACCCUGUGGUACAUUCGUUUUUUUGCCCCCACAAGUCCCUGCACUGAGGUUGCUUGCUCCCGCUGGCCCCCUCCCGCCCCCAUCUCCUGCCCGAAGAAAGUACAUUCGGACAACAGAAACAAUAAAAUGCGGUCAGUGUCAUCAGCCCCGGGUUCAGGAAAAUGGCCAUCGCCAAUAUUAUGGCUCUGUAUACUGUCCUGUUACAACUGGCAUGCCACAUGACCAGUGGCUGGAGGACAUGCGGAGGAAGAGGGGGGCAAAGAAAUGAUGCCAUUCUGUAAAUAGUGUAAAUAAUGUAUGUAUAUAGUUUUAAAAGACAGUGUUAUUGCGACAGUCAAGUAUUUUUUAUCCUCUAUUGCUUAUUGGUUUUCUCUUUUUUUGUAUGUUUAUUAGCCAAUACAUGAGGAUCUCUUUCAUUCUUUGUAUUUUCAUUGUGUUUUUAUUACCUCCAACAAAGACGUAAUUUUUCACUCUUGUCUGUAUCUUGGUCCAUUUAUUUCAUUCAUUCAAUCGUUGUUACUGUUGUUUGUGGUUCUCUUUAUAAAGAUAUCCUGUAUUUUUUUAAUAAAUGUAUAUACUUUUUCUACAAAACUAUCUUGUUUAUUUUUCCCAAUGCACUAUGCAAGCAUUAUAAAUAUUACCAGCAUUACAAGCAGUACAAACCCGCUGUUUGAACAUUUCACCAAUAUAAAGUAACUAAGUGACAUUUAAGAGAUUCAUACCAAUAGGUAACAGUUUGGGUAAAUAGACACAUGCUGCUGCCGGGAAUCGAACCAGGUACCCUUGGAUCCACAGCUGCUUAUGCCAUACUCAAACAAAGUCUAUUUUUGGUCAUAUUACUCUAAUUAAUACGAUAACCUACGCAUCCUACAACAUCUGACAGGCAACAGGUUCAGUUUCAAUUCCCUGUUCUUUCCAUUUCCUCUCUUUUUCCUCUCU